AUGGUUCUAACCAAAUCUGGCUACCAGGCCACCGGCGAACCCUUCUCCGUCUUGGAAGUUCAUCGUCGGCCAAUAAAGAAGACUGAACCUUCAUCAGCGAUGUCCGCCGACAAUGAGCAGGAACCGGACCAGCUCGACCUUACUGCAAAGGUUGAUCGGCUGUCCAGUCAGCUGGAAUCCGUCAUCGCGUGGAUCCACACCCGGACAUCUUCUUUACCACCAGCAAGGGCCAAAGAGGAUGACGGUGAUUUUCCUUCCCCAAGGGUGCGCGUAAUGGCUGCCAAAAACAAGACUGAGGGCACCUCGGUUUUGAAGGAGGAUGACGACUACGAUCCUGAUGGUGCAAGCAUCGCGACGCUGGUAGAAGAGAGGUCUCGGCCUUUUAAAGUCGAGGCUAGAAUUGACAUCCCGACGUUCGAUGGCACCGUCGACGCGGAGAAGUUAGAUUCCUGGAUCGAUCAACUGGAGACUUACUUCACCCUUUACGGGUUUAGUAGCCACGAGAAAGUCGCAUUUGCACGACUUAAACUAUCAAGCCAUGCAUUGGCUUGGUGGAACUCGUACCUGAAGGACAACAGUGACAAGGAGGUGACAUGGGGAGAAUUCUCUCGUCUCCUUCGCCAGGAAUUCUACCCAAUGGGAUACUCACAAGAUCGAUGGUUCCGCUGGCACAACCUUAAACAGCGCCACAACCAGACCGUGCAAGAAUACACCACCGAGUUCCGGCGUCUAGCGGUGACGCUGGGCAUCUCCCUCGACAAUGAAGAUGUCUUCACCAAAUAUGUGGCUGGUCUGCAUCGACAAAUUCAGAACGAGAUACGACUGUACAAUGCGACCGGCGUCUCGAGUGCUAGUGGUAUUGCCAUGGCUAUCGAGUUAAAAAACAAACCCGGCGAACAGAAGGCCUCCGAAGGCGUCCAGAAAGGAACUUCUAACCAUUUCCGUGACAAGAAGCACACUCGGAAAGGUAAACCUUCCUCUUCGUCGAAUGUUGACAAGUUCUGUGAACAUUGCAAAAUUUCAGGACAUGAGAAGGGGAAGUGCUGGAAACUCCAUCCGGAACUCUUCCCAAAAAAGUGGAAGAAGGAUGACAAGAGCAAACGCGCAGCGGUAACGACGGUUUUCACCGAAGCUGUCGAACUCGGGCGGGUCGAAGGUGUGGAUAAGAGUCUGUCUCUGAUGGUCGGGCCGAAGGAGACAGUCUCGAAUCCGCCGACCGUACCCGAUGAGAAGGAAGAGCUGUUCACCCUACGGAUCCAAGUGAAACAAGAGGUGAUAGAAGCCAUUGUCGACACCGGCAGCCAGAAGAACCUGAUCUCGGCCAGCUUAGUUCAAAAACUGGGAUUGGAAACAACACCACAUCCACGACCGUAUCCACUUGGAUGGAUACAAAAGGAUGUGGAACUUCGGAUCAACCGCCAGUGCAAGUUCCGUUUCGCCAUUACCAACCAGUACAUCGAUGAGGUAACAUGUGAAGUAGUUCCUCUCGACAUAUGCCAGGUGAUUUUUGGUAGCCCAUAUCUUUGGGAGCGUGAUGCCAUCUACUUCCGGCGAGCACAGAAAUACCAGUUUGAAAAGGAUGGGAAGAAGUACAUCAUUAACAAGGAUAAUGCCAGCCAUGCUAUUGAUCUGGUGUCUGCCUGUCAGGCAAGAAGGAUGGUGAAUGCUUGCCAAAAGUUUGUGCUAGUAAUGAUCCGCCCGAUAGAGUUUGAAAACAAGGUAUCAGCACUAACCAUGUCUUGCAGGGAAUUGGAGAGCCAGAUGGGGAAGCUACUCGGCGAGCAUGCGGGCCUUUUUAAAGAGGCUUGCGGAUUACCACCAAAGAGAGCAGUGGAACAUGAAAUCCAGCUUAUUUCUGACUCAACGCUUCCUAACCUUGGCAUGUACCGCAACUCGGUGUUGGAAAAUGAGGAGAUCAAGCGGCAGGUGAAUGAACUGCUCGAAGGUGGUGUCAUCAAACCGAGCAGCUCCCCCUGCGGCUCGCCGGUAGUGCUUGUGCCGAAGAAAGAUGGAGGGUGGAGAAUGUGUAUUGACUACCGCGCUCUCAACAAGAUUACUAUUAAGAAUCGGUACCCUCUUCCACGCAUUGAUGACUUGCUGGACCAGUUGAAGCACGCCACUGUCUUCACCAAGCUGGGCCUGAAAUCCGGAUAUUAUCAAGUCCGGAUCCGCGACGACGAUACCUGGAAGACCGCAUUCAAAACGCGGCAGGGGCUAUUCGAAUGGCUAGUAAUGCCAUUCGGACUCUGUAAUGCUCCCGCCACCUUCAUGCGGCUGAUGAACGACGCUCUCCGGCCGUACAUCGACGACUUCGUCAUUGUAUACCUUGACGACAUCCUGAUCUACAGCCGGUCAUGGGAGGAGCACUUGACGCAUGUGCGUAAGGUGUUCGAAUUGCUGGAGAAAUAUCAGUUGCGCCUGAACCAAAAAAAAUGCGAGUUCGGGAAGCGGACUUUGGUGUAUCUUGGGUUCGUGGUGGGCGAAGAGGAGUUACGAGUCGACCCGGACAAAGUGAAGGCAAUCAGAGAUUGGCCCAGGCCCCGGUCUAUAACUGAGGUCCGGAGCUUCAUGGGUGCUUGUCAAUACCUAAGAAAAUUCAUCCGGAACUUCUCUAUUCUGGCCUCCUCGCUGCAUGCGUUAACGAAAGCCAAUCAAAAGUUUGAAUGGACUUCGAAACAUGAGGAUACCUUCCUUCUAUUAAAGAGGAAGAUCAGUGAAGCGCCUGUUCUCGCUUUGCCCAAUCUUCAGAGACCAUUCGAGCUUGAAGCAGAUGCGUCAGGGUACGCCAUGGGAGCUGUGCUACUGCAAGAAGGGCGGCCCGUGGCAUACCAUUCUGAGAUGUUCCAAGGGGCUCAGAAAAACUACCCAACGUACGACAAGGAGUUGCUUGCCCUACAUCAAGCGGUAAAACACUGGCGAGUCUAUCUCUUGGGCAAGGAAACAGUGGUGCACACCGACCACCGGCCGCUCCAAUAUCUGCAAACUCAGUCCAGGUUGCAGCAGGCGCGUCAUAUGAAAUGGAUGACGUACCUCCAACAGUUCAACCUGGUGAUCAAAUACAAGAAAGGCAUACACAACAAAAUGGCUGACAUGCUCUCGAGACCGCCAGCCGCAACCCUUUGCUUAUCAGCGGUUAUGCAAGUGCAGCCAACCACCGAUGAGGAGUACGCCGGCUGGUAUUCAGAAGACCUUGAUUUUCAAGGCGCACUAGCAGAUGUUGAAGCAAGGAGGCCAACCGAGUUUGUCCUACGGGAUAAACUCCUCUACAAAGGAGAGCUGCUAUGCGUACCACGAGCGGCCGAACGUGUGUGCUGGAUACGGGAGGCGCACACCUCAAAAGUAGCAGGUCACUUUGGAGUUACAAAGACUCUGCAGAAUCUCCAUCGAUAUGUCUUCUGGCCGCGGAUACAGCAGGACGUGGUCCGAUUUGUGAAGGGCUGCGUGUUGUGCAGCACAUCCAAACCCGCCAAUCGGAAGGUCGGGUUAUACACUCCACUGCCUGUUCCGACACGCCCAUGGGAAAGUGUCUCAAUGGACUUCUUGGGUGGCCUUCCAAAGACACGGCGGGGACAUGACUACCUAUUUGUUGUAGUCGAUAGGUUCUCAAAAAUGGUGGUGCUCAUGCCUUGCAAGAAGAGUAUCACAGGUGAAGAGGCGGCACGGCUUUUUUUUGAGAAUGUGUGGAAAAUCUUCGGGCUUCCCAGCUCAAUUGUUUCCGACCGUGACAGUCGUUUCCUAAGCAAAUUCUGGUGUUCUCUGUGGGCCAAGAUGGACACAAAGCUUAAACGGAGCACGGCCUUCCAUCCACAAACGGAUGGCCAGACCGAGGUUGUCAACCGGACCAUUGUCCAUCUUCUCCGGGGCUACAAUGCUCGGCAUCCUAAAACUUGGGACGAUAGCAUUGCUUUCCUACAAUUUGCCAUCAAUCACACGGUGCACAGCUCGACGAACAAAGCUCCAGCCGAACAACAACUGAAAGGUGAAGGGAAAAAGCUUAAACCCAUCCGUUAUGGACCUUUUAAGAUUCUUCGAAAGAUCGGCGACAAUGCCUACCAACUAGAGCUGCCAGUAUAUAUGGAAAUGUACUCGGUUGUUAACAUUGAAAAAUUGAAGCCCUUUGAGCCGUCAAUGCUGGACGACGAGCCGGGUGAGACAUUACCGACUGUAGAGGACUUGGUUACCGCACAAGAAACUGUGUUGGCAGAAGAUGCUAUCUUGGAACGGAAGACAACCACAACCCGGCGCGGCACUAGGGAGUCCUUCCGAGUUGGACGAAAGGGCCAACGACCCAGUGCGGCAAAAUGGUUCUCAAAGGAGACUGGGCAAUCCCAGUUUCCCCACCUUCGGUUCUAG